UUGGAAAUUCGAUAAUUAGUCUUCCGCUCUCACUGGCACGUACAUGUACUUCUUCCUACUUGUUGCUUUUAGAGAUUAAUCAUAUUCUGCGUACAUCCAAAUCGUAAUUCCGAUCGAUUGAUUCAAGGAAAACCCACCUCCGCGAUGCUUUCCUCCAACACUACAUUCACCGACCACCGUCAACCUCUUGUUCUUUUCUCCUCAGCAGUGGAGCUAGCUCUUCUCAUAUUCAUUUCUCUGAUAAAUUUUGUUUUAAUAAUCUAGUGUCUGGUCUGGGAAAUGAUUCCCAUCAUACGUCGUAAAUUGUGACAGAUUUUUAUCAAAUAUGGACGCGUGGACUCCUUGUUUAUUCGUCAACGGGCUAAAGAUUUAUAUUGGGGUCACAAAUUCAAUGCACUUUAAUUACUCACUUUCCUAGAAGCUCCGCCUCACAGUAACAUCGUGGCAUCUUAUCGCCUCCUUCCUCGCUCAGUCACUCGCCGGCUUCCAUGGAAUCGAAAUUCCUUUCCGCCGGAUCAUAUUCGACCCUGCCGGAGAGUUAUGUCAGGCCGGUAACGGAGAGACCUAGGCUCUCUGAGGUCACAACCUGUGAAGACGUUCCAGUUAUCGACUUGAGUUGUUCGGAUAGAAACCUAAUAAGCCAACAAGUUGGGGAUGCAUGUCGGCGUUUUGGUUUCUUCCAGGUGAUCAACCAUGGGAUAUCUGUGGAAUCAACGUCCAGAAUGUUUGAGAUGGCGAGGGGGUUCUUCCAGCUGCCGGUGGAAGAGAAGAUGAAGUACUACUCCGAUGAUCCAUCCAAGACGCUCAGAUUGUCUACAAGCUUCAAUGUGAAGAAAGAGACAGUUCACAAUUGGAGAGACUAUCUCCGACUCCACUGUUAUCCUCUCGAUCAGUACGUGCGCGAGUGGCCUUCUAGUCCCUCUUCCUUCAAGGAAAUAGUGAGUUCAUACUGUAAAGAAGUUCGGCAACUAGGGUUGAGAUUACUGGAAUAUGUAUCAGAGAGCUUAGGGUUAGAAGGAGACUACAUGGAGAAGGUAUUAGGUGAACAAGGGCAACACAUGGCCGUUAACUAUUACCCACCAUGCCCUGAACCGGAGCUGACAUACGGAUUACCGGCUCAUACCGACCCCAAUGCCAUUACCAUUCUUCUUCAAGACCAGCAAGUGACGGGUUUGCAAGUGCUCAAGGAUGGCAAGUGGCUGGCCGUAAAUCCCCACCCAAAUGCAUUUGUUAUAAACAUUGGUGAUCAGUUACAGGCAUUGAGUAAUGGACGGUAUAAAAGUGUGUGGCAUCGGGCGGUUGUCAACUGUGAUAAGCCCAGGAUUUCAGUUGCUUCAUUCCUAUGUCCUGCAAAUGAUGCGGUGAUUGCCCCAGCCAAAGGCCUCACCGACGAUGGAACUCCAGCUCCGCCCUUGUAUAGAAGUUUUACCUAUGACGAGUACUACAAAAAGUUUUGGAGCAGGAACUUGGACCAACAACAUUGCCUCGAGCUUUUCAAGAUUUGAAACCUGAAUCAAUCAAUCCUUGCCUCUUUGUUUGUUUUUUAAUUAUUAUUAUUAUUUACUCUGGUUCGAUUGGAUUUAGUUUUAUUUCCCUCUAUUUUAUCUCUUGCCUCUUCUUUGUUUAUGUCAUUUUCCAGGAUUUAAAUAAUGGAGAAGGAGGAGAUAAUCAUUUAAGAACAAA